AUGACCAGCUUCUUCUCCAGGUCACCAAGGCAUCAGCAAACACAUGACAUGGGGGACAUUUCCCAGUCAAUGGAGAAUGUCUCUAUUUCAAGCAAUAUGAUGGAUAUUGAUACCAGUUACAGAUCUCCAACUCAUAACAAGUCCAUCUAUGGAACUUACAAUUCCAGCCCCACCAGAGGCCAGAUUAACAAGGAAAAUAUUACCCCUUUAAACUCGCCAACCAAAUCGAUUUUACACAAUACCCCAGUGGGUGGAACACCAUAUUCCAAAGGUAGAUACUACCAAUCACUGCAACCCUCAACUCCUACACCAGUGCAUCAACACGAUGUUCUUGCUGCUAGCAAUAACAACCAUAACAGAAAACGGACAUUACAAGACAACAUCAAUCAAUUGCAACCACCCCCAAGUCAAAGGUAUAAGCUUCCUCAAGAAGAGUUUCAUAAGCGUGCGAAUGAUCCAAAGACAAAAAGGUUGGCUUCGGUAGCACAAUUAUACUUUUUAGAUUAUUACUGUGAUAUGUUUGAUUAUGUCAUCAGUAGAAGAGAACGAUCGCAAUUGGUUGAGAACAAACUUCUUACUGACCCAAGUAUCAAUCAAGAUCCGCAAAGACAACAAUUGGAAUGGAAAAGCUAUAUUGGUCGGGAAAGAGCUUUGUUGAGAAAAAGGAGACUAAAGCCAAAACAUAAGGACUUCGAAAUGAUCACUCAAGUUGGUCAAGGUGGGUAUGGUCAAGUGUUUUUAGCUCGAAAGAAGGAUACACGUGAGAUAUGUGCAUUGAAGGUGUUGAACAAGAAAUUGCUCGUAAAAUUGGAUGAGACGAGACAUGUUUUAACCGAAAGGGAUAUUUUAACAAACACUAGAAGUGAAUGGUUGGUAAAGCUUUUGUAUGCAUUUCAAGAUCCAGAAAAGGUGUUCUUGGCAAUGGAGUUUGUACCUGGAGGUGACUUUAGAACAUUGUUAAACAAUACUGGAUAUUUGAUACCACCCCAUGCUAGAUUCUACAUAAGCGAAAUGUUUGCGGCUGUCAAUUCACUCCAUGAAUUAGGGUUUACCCAUCGUGACUUGAAGCCUGAAAAUUUUUUGAUUGAUUCAAAAGGUCAUAUCAAAUUGACAGAUUUUGGAUUGGCAGCGGGUACGGUGUCAAAUGAUAGAAUUGAAUCUAUGAGAUUAAGGUUGAAGAAUUUAGAGGACUUGGAAGAGUAUCAAGUGCCAUCAAGGAUGAUGAUGGAAAGACAAAAGAUUUUCAAGCAAAGUCAAGGACAUCACAACUUGGCUAACUCUAUCGUAGGAUCUCCUGACUAUAUGGCUUUGGAGGUUUUGGAGGGAAAGAAUUAUGAUUACACUAUUGAUUAUUGGUCAUUAGGAUGCAUGUUGUUUGAAGCUUUGUGUGGAUAUCCACCAUUUUCUGGUUCCAAACAGGACGAAACAUAUCAAAAUUUGAAAAAUUGGAAGACGGCAUUACGCAGACCACAAACAAAAGACGGCAGAUAUGUAUUUAGUGAUCGAACAUGGGCUUUGAUUACGAAAUUGGUUGCAUCUCCAGCCAAUAGAUUGCGUACUUUUAAACAAGUUCAACAAAUGGCGUAUUUUGCGGAUAUCAAGAGUUGGAGCAACUUGAGGGAGCGUACACCACCAUUUACACCUCAAUUGGACAACGAAGAAGACGCUGGAUAUUUUGACGAUUUCGAAGAUGAGGAAAUGAUGAUGAAAUACAAGGACGUGUUUGCCAGACAAGAGCAAAAUGAGCAAUUGUUGGAGAGAAGCAAUGUGAAAAGAGUUGGACAAAACAACUUUAUUGGAUUUACCUUUAAGCAUAAAUCUAAUCCGAACAACAAGUUUGGUACGGGAGAAAUUAAUCUAUUGAACGUGGGUGCUGGAGAAGCCAACUCAAGAUUGAACCCAUUAGCCACUUUAUACUAA